AUGGAAAACCUUUAUAUCCAUCUCAACGCAACAAAUGUGUAUUUGAACACAACGUUAUCGGAGUAUUUCAAUUCAACAUUACUUGAUGAUUAUUUACAAUCUGAAAAUUUACCAUAUCAAAUAUCAUUUUCAGUUAUAAUAUCAAUAUUAUUACCAUUAUUAUGGUUUACAAAUCGUCGUUAUAAUUCUUCAAGACGUGCUGAAAAACCAAUUAAAUUUAAUUUAGAAAUCCCAAAUGAAGCUAAACCUCAUUGGAAAGGUAAAAGAAUUCAUCCAGUUUCAAUAAAAGAUCCUGAAAAUCCUCAAUUUAUUCAAUCUUAUUGUCCUGCAACAGGUCAAUUCUUGGGGAAUUUCAAAAGUCAUUCAAGAGAUGAUAUUGAUUCCAUAAUUGACAGGGCAUCCAUUGCACAAAAAACUUGGAAAUAUUCAUCAUUUAUUCAACGUCGUCAAUUAUUGAAAAGUUUAAGUGAAUAUAUCAUUAAAAAUCAAGAAAACAUUGCAAGAGUUGCAUGUAGAGAUUCAGGUAAAACAUUAGUUGAUGCUUCAAUGGGUGAAAUUCUUGUAACGUUAGAAAAAUUAAACUGGAUUAUUAAACAUGGUGAACAUGCAUUAAAACCUUCCAAAAGACCUGGUCCCUCAAAUAUCUUGAUGAGUUAUAAAGGUGCAGAAGUUAGAUAUGAACCAUUAGGUGUUGUUUCAGCAUUAAUUUCAUGGAAUUACCCAUUCCAUAACUUGAUGGGUCCUGUUAUUGCAGCUUUAUUCACUGGUAAUUCAAUUGUGGUUAAAUGUUCAGAACAAGUUGUUUGGAGUUCUCAAUGGUUUAUUAAAUUAGUUCAAGAAGCUUUGAUUGCAUGUGGUCAUGAUCCUAACCUAGUUCAAUUUGUUUGUACUUGGCCUGAAGAUGCAAAUUAUUUCACUUCACAUCCAGGAUUAUCACAUAUUACAUUCAUUGGUAGUAAACCAGUUGCUCAUCAUGUUGUUAAAGCCGCUUCUGAAUCCUUAACACCUGUUGUUGUGGAACUUGGUGGUAAAGAUGCAUUUAUUGUGUUGGAUGAUGUUAAAGAUGUUAAUCCAUUGACUAGUAUUAUUAUGCGUGGUACUUUCCAAUCUGCAGGACAAAAUUGUAUUGGUAUUGAAAGAGUUAUUGUUACAGAGAAAAAUUAUUCAAAAAUUGUUGAUAUCUUAGCUGAACGUGUACCAAAAUUAAGAUUAGGUUCUGAUAUUGAUCAGUUAGAAGAUAUUGAUAUGGGUGCUACUAUUACAGAUGCACGUUUUGAUGUUUUACAUAAACAAAUUGAAAAAGCUGUGGAACAAGGUGCUAAAUUAUUAUAUGGUGGUGAUAAAUAUCAACAUCCAAAUUAUCCUCAAGGUCAUUUUUUCUCACCAACUUUAUUAGUUGAUGUUACACCAGAUAUGGAUAUUGCACAAAAUGAAGUUUUCGGUCCAGUAUUAACAGUUAUGAAAGCUAAAGAUACAGAAGAUGCUAUUAAUAUUGCCAACUCUACAAUUUAUGGAUUAGGUGCCUCUGUUUUCGGUAAUAAUUGGGAAGAAUUAAAUAAAGUUGCAAAUUCAAUAAAUUCAGGUAAUGUUGCAAUAAAUGAUUUUGCAACUUAUUAUAUAUGUCAAUUACCAUUUGGUGGUCAAAAGGGUUCAGGAUAUGGUAAAUUUGGUGGUGAAGAAGGUUUACAAGGUUUAUGUAAUUUGAAAAGUAUUUGUUAUGAUAAAAUUCCAUUUGUAUCAACACAAAUUCCACCUCCAUUAGAUUAUCCAAUUAGAGAUGAAGCAAAAGCUUGGAGUUUUGUUGAAGCUUUGAAUAUUGGUGGGUAUGAUGAUAGUCUUUGGAAUAGAAUUAAAGCUAUUGGAACUUUAGCCAAAAAUGCAAGUUGA